AUGCAAGAACAAGUUUCACAACUCGAACAAAAAACUGAAUCACAGGCUCAAAUACUCGAGGGAUUGAUGCAUUUAUCAGCACCCUCUUUUGCCCAAAGUGAUAGUAAUGAGAUCAACAGUGAAGUUCUUGAAGGAGCUCAACAAGAAAGAAAUAUCACUGAUCUUUUAAUUGAUGACAAAGCGAAUGAGAAUGACUACGGGAUCCUCAGAACAAUCGCAAAAAAUACCCACGAUGAAAUGGAGUUAGAGCUGCUGAAAGCUUUGAAGAAGAAUGACAAAGCAACUGUGUUGCCUUUAUACAAUGCAGCUACUCAUGGCUUUCCUCUUCAAAGAUGUCAGCAUUCCUGGGCAGCCGGUCUAUUGCUCUUCGAAACACACAAGCACAGAAGUAAUAGAGCAAGAAAUAAGGCUUCUGUUGUUGAAAGAGAGAAUAACUCUAGGAUCGGGUAUAAUAAACGCAAAACAUGCAUUCAAUGAAA